UUUGCGAACGACAUGCUCGCUUCGUGGCUGACUCAGUUUGUCUUUGUGACGCUCACUGUAUUCCUGGUGUUUGUGGUGGCGAACCAAAACUUUUGUGCAAGCGUUUUAGAAACUCAAGUGGAUUUUGCCUUACUCGGUCAUGUCAUCAACAAAACUGAUGUUUUCGACGAGUUCGAAUGUAACCUAAAGUGUAUUGGAAACAGGCGUUGCAAGUCGUGUAAUGUUCAUCCCAAUGGCAAUGAUGCGGGUAAGCGUCUUUGUGAGCUGAAGAGCAAAACCCGACAGAUGAGGCCAAGUGAUUUUAAACGAAAGAUAGGAUCUACGUACUAUAGCUCAGUUCAGGGUAAUUGUGUCGAUGUUUCUCAUGAGCGAGAACGAAAAAUGGCAGGUCAGUGUCAUCCCAGAUACAAAGGAAGCUGGUGUCAAACACCUAAGAAAGGUUCAAGUUCCCAGCAUCCUGCUCGCUCAUGUAAGAUGAUCCAGGACACAGGUGACUCAAUGGGAGAUGGAGAGUACUGGAUUGACCCUGAAAACAAUGGAAACCCUUUAAAGGUCUAUUGCGACAUGUCAACUGACGGAGGGGGCUGGCUUCUUGUUUCCAACCUUGUGAUGGCCAGUUCAAGACGCAGUUCCGUUCCGCUGCUGUUUGAGAGGUCGUACCAUGCCAUCAGCAAAUAUCAGAAGAAAAACACUUUGCUGACAAAAUUGGCCAUGAAUGAACUCAGAACACACUUGAAUUUCACUCAGCUGAGAUUCCACUGCAGCAAACGAUUGAACCGGACGUUCCACCUAACCACAGCUGCUAAUAGCUUUGGAGAAGCUGUGGUCCAGUACUUCAGCGGUGAGACAGAUGUGCUGCCAUAUUCGUGUGAAUCUUUUGUCAGAAUGGAAGAUGACAUCUCAGAAUUAGCCAAUGUCUGCCAAAAGUGGGGGACCGAGGGCAAUAAAACGGAUAAUGUUGGUAAAUGGAGCUCUUCUAAUCGCAAUGAGAACAGAUUGUACGAUCAUGUUGUGAUCGUCUGGUAUAAGUAUCACUGGAAUAUUCAGCCAUCACAAAAACGAUUUGAAUGCGACGAUUUUCGAGGUGCAGUGUCUGCCGGUGAUUUCUGGAAAAUUUAUGUACGUUAGAUAUUUUGGGUACUUUCCCUGUAUUCAGAAGUCUUUACUCACACUAGUUAGUCUGAUCUAACAUCGAUACAGAGCGCGCAGUAUUCUAUUGAGUAUUGAAAGUGAUCCUAGAUUGCAUUGGUUUUGCUUUAGUUUGCUUUGUGGUUGGUCCAGAAAACUUGCGCCCGCCACCAUCUCAACCAAUCAAAUGCAAAACUAAAACCAAUUCCAACUUGGUCACUCGUGUUUUCAAACGCUUCAAGCAGGUUGCUUCAAAUGCCCACCCAAUGUUUUGUUGAAGGCAAAAUCAGCAGCCGUUAGUUUCUACAUUUUGAUUGUUUUAAAACCUAGACCUUGCACAACUUUUCUUUUGAGCCAUUUUCUGGCUAAAGUGAACUAUUUACCAUUAAACACCGCAUAUUGAAAGAUAUAACGCUUCCGGUUCAAAUUCUCCCUUCCGGCUUCCCCCCGUAUAGACGACAAACAAAUUGGGUUGCCCGGGGGAUGUUGAAGCUUUGAAAUGAUCGGUGCAUAAUGCGUGUGAGUGUAAAAUAACGAAGAACGAAAAGAAAAUAAGAUAUAAUGAACAUAAUUUUUCGCUUGAGAGGAUGUUUCAGGUGACAAGAGUACUUUCAAACUCUCGAGAAUUUGCUAAAUAAUCAUCAUUUCAUUUCAUUUUGUGUGAAUGGGCACCAUCAUUUGUUUGAUAUUCUAUAUUAUUUUCACAGAGGUGACAUAUUUGUAACAUAACUUUGUGUGAAAGCCGACUGUGUUAAAAGUAAGGUCAUGUAAUUGCUUCCAUUUAAAUUCCUUCCAAGUUCGCAAGGGUUCUCUCUUUCUGAAACAGAGAGUAAAACACAUGACUAUAAACUAUCCCAACACAACAUUUAGACAUCUUUUAUUUUCUAAGAGUCUCGAAUUCUUAAUUCCACAUGCCAUUAUGAUAAAAAAAGAAAAUUUUGCUCGCAAGGUUUGCAGUGCACUCUUUCGCUGAUUAAUGUUGCUCGGAUUUCAUGUGCUUUCUCGCAAUGAACAUUUCUUAUUUCUAUUACAUUCCGCAUCCUCAUCAUUGGCAAUUGCGCAUGAUGGAAUUAAUUGGAAUAACCACUGUCAGUUUAUUUGCAAACCUUGACAUUUGAAGGUAAUUGAGGAUGUCAAACAAUUCGAAUUCU